GGGCGGAGCGCGGCGUGGCGGCGCGUUGCCCCCCGCCAUCAGCGGCCCCGGCCCGACCCGGCCCCGCCAUGCCGCCCGCCCGCGCCGAUUACCUGGCGCCCUGGUGGGCGGCCUGGCUGCACGGGUUGCCCCACCGCGGCUUGCGCCUGCAGCCCGUGCCAGCCGCUUUCCACCCGCAGGACCCCGACUACCAGCAGUCGCUGCUUUUCUUCGGCUUGGUGUCCACCGUCUGUCUCGGCAUCAACCUCCUCUUUCUCACCAUCUACCUGAUCUGCUUCUGCUGCUGCAAGCGGGACCAGGAGCCCGACGCCAAGCGGCCCCGCUCCUGCUGUGUCACCUGGAUGGCUGUCACCGCCGGGCUUGUCUGCUGCACGGCUGUUGGUAUCGGCUUCUAUGGGAACAGUGAGACCAACGAUGGGAUUUACCAGCUGCUCUACGCCCUGGACAAUGCUAACCACACCCUGACUGGCAUCGACACACUGGUGGCAAGCACCAUACAGCAGCUGCAGGUGGCCCUGGAGCAGCACCUGGAGCAGCUGACCGAAGUGCUGGCAGCACGGGCUGACUACCUGCAGACCCUCAAGUUCCUGCAGCAGCUGUCAGGCAACAUCGUGCUGCAGCUCUCAGGGCUGCCUAGCUGGCAUGGUGUCAGUGACGACCUGACUGCUCUGGCUGCCAACGUCUCCUAUGUGGAGUACUACCGGUGGCUGUCCUACCUCCUCUUCUUUAUCCUUGUUCUCACCGUCUGCCUGCUGGCCUGCCUGGGGCUGGCCAAACGCUCCCGCUGCCUCCUCACCAUGAUGCUGUGCUGUGGGCUCCUGACCCUCAUCCUCAGCUGGUGCUCCAUGGCUGUGGACACGGCUGCAGCAGUGGGCACCAGUGACUUCUGUGUGGCCCCGGAUAAGUUCAUCAUGAACCAGACAGAGAGCGAGAUCAGUGCAGAGGUUGUUCACUAUUAUCUGUACUGUGAGCAGAGCCUGAGCAGUCCCUUCCAGCAGGCUCUCACCGUCUUCCAGCGCUCGCUCACCACCAUGCAGAUGCAGACCCAGGGCUUGAUCCAGUUCGCCCUGCCUCUCUUCCCAAUGGCUGAGAAAGACCUGCUGGGGGUCCAGCAGCUGCUCAACACCUCAGAGACCAGCCUGCAUCAGCUCACGGCCCUGCUCGACUGCCGCGGUCUGCACAAGGACUACCUGGACGCUCUCAUUGGCAUCUGCUACGAUGGCGUGGAGGGGCUGCUCUACCUGGUGCUCUUCUCCCUGCUGGUGGCCGCCUCCUUUUCCACCAUGGUCUGUGCUGCGGCUCGUGCCUGGAGGCACCUGGCAGGCAGGGAGCAGGACUACGAUGACAUCGAUGAGGAAGACCCCUUCAACCCGCAGGCACGGCGCAUUGCUGCCCACCACCCAGUGCGGGGCCAGCUCCGCAGCUUCUGCAGCUACAACAGCAGCCUGGGCAGCCAGAGCAGCCUGCACCCCCCGGCACAGACCAUCUCCAAUGCCCCGGUCUCUGAGUACAUGAACCAAGCGGUGCUCUUCGGAGGGAACCCGCGCUACGAGAACGUGCCGCUGAUCGGCAGGGGCUCCCCCCCUCCCACGUACUCCCCAAGCAUGCGAGCCACCUACCUGUCCGUCACCGACGAGCACCUCCGGCCCCAGCACACCGAGUUCCCAGCCUAGCAGCUCAUCCUGCAGCUCGAGGGAGGAGAAAAAGCCACUGGCAUCCCCCGAUGGAAACCAAAGACACCCAGAGCCCCUUGGUGGGCGAGGGGCUGCAGAUGAGCUCCGGCCGUGGGAUCCAUGCUCCCUGCGCUCUCUUCCCUGGCAGCUUCUGCUCACUCUCACGUCUUUCUGCCUUAUGGGAUGCUUUCCUGGACUGACUGCAGCUCUCCUGGAAGGCUGGAGGUUGUUCACCUCUCCCUUUCCACCUGCUUGGGGUGGUUUUAUGCCACGGACAGGGACCAUAUCUGGGUUCCUUUGACUGGAGCACACCCUGGGACUGGGGUUGUCCCAGAGCAGCUCCCUCAUCCCGUAGCAAUGCAGUACCAACCACUAGUGACCCCACCACCUUCUCUAUGCCAAGGGGUUGGGAUAGGGAUGUCUUGACCCUGCUGGCUUUCUUUUGCUUUGCAUUUUGUAAGUUACCUUAAGGGCAGAGACGCGGCACAGCUUGCCACCUCUGUUCCAGCUUGGAUUUGCUGCGAUGCAUGUUGGCUUGUUGGCUCUUUUUGGCAGUCCUGCUCCCUGGGGCAGGUUCCCCUGUUACGUGCAGGACAGCUCUGGGGUAGCCACAAAUUCCCUGGAGAGCUUUAAGGACUGGAGCUGGCUGUGCCAAUAGGGGACACAUCCCUGCCACCAUGCCCGCAUUGCCAGAGCUCCAGGCUAAGCCAGGGUGCAGCAAAGGAACCAGGAGCAGCCAGCGUGGGCUGAUUGAGGCCCUUUGUGGUUGUUCAUUUUGGUGUGGGCUGCCCUGGGACCUCUGGGCUGCAGUUCUGGUUGUCCCCUCCCUGUUUUGCCAGCUCCCUGUGAGCUAACAGUGCAGUGGCAGAGCAGGGGCUGUCCCUGGGCAGAGCCUCAUUGGGUACUACUUGAUAGCAGUGACUCGCUGUGUCUUUUAAAGAUAACUGUACAUAUCCCUUUGUCCCCUGACUCCAUCUGUCUGUUACACGUGACUAGCAUUAUUGGCUGUUGGUAACCUGAAAGUUUUUAAUGGUUUGUUUUGGUUUGGGUUUUGUUUUUGUUUUUUUUUUUUGGCUUUUAACGUUUUGAUGUAACGGUACCAUAGGAGAGCUGUUCCCCAGCGCAUGUGGACUAACCUCAUUGGGACUCCCACUGGGAGGAGUGGGGGUCCUGCCUCGUUUCUAUGUGCCCUCAGGGCAAAGACAAUAAACAUUUAUUGUACUAAAAA